CCGCCUGGACCUUCCUCUUCCAGCCUCUUUGUGUUGGAUAAUUGGCCAGGAUGGGGCGCAGGACGGCGGCGCUGCUGCUGCAGCUGCUCCGGGGAGGGAUCUGGACCUGGAUCUGGACCUGGAACCUGAUCUGCAUCUCCAGCAUCAGCACCAGCGGAGUCAGCGGAGUCGCGGAGACGCCGAGGUGUGAGGACAGCCUGGCCACUCCUCUUCCCUACAGCUCCUUCAGCAGCUCGUCGCUCUACGCCAAGAACUACGGAGCCGGAUACGCCAAACUCAACAGGAAACAAGGAGCCGGAGGCUGGGUGCCGGCGGAUACGGACCGGUACCGCUGGCUGCAGGUGGACCUGGGCUCCAGGAAACAGGUGGUUUCCAUAGCAACGCAGGGUCGCUACGACAGCAGGGACUGGACCGGCCGGUACCGGCUGCUGUACGGAGACUCGGAGAGGAACUGGAGGCCGUACCUGCAGGACGGGAACGUCUGGACGUUUGAGGGGAACGUGAACAGCGAGGACGUCGUCCGGCAUGAGCUCCAACAUCCCAUCGUGGCUCGGUUUAUCCGGUUCCUCCCGCUGGACCGGAGCAGCACGGGUCGGACCGGAGUCCGGCUGGAGCUGUACGGCUGUUCCUACUGGACCGACGUCCUCAGCUUCGACGGCCUCGGCGUCGUCUCUCAUCGUUUCCGGAGCAAGAAGAUGAAGAUCGUGAAGGACGUGAUCGCGCUGCGGUUCCGGAGCUCCAACCCGGACGGGGUUCUGGUGCACGGGGAGGGCCAGCAGGGCGACUACAUCUCCCUGGAGCUCCGGGGGGCCGGGCUGCUGCUCAGCAUCAACCUAGGCAGCAGCCAGUCCGGCUCCGUGCGUGGCCACACGGCCGUCUCCGCCGGCAGCCUGCUGGACGACGACCGCUGGCACUCGGUGGAGAUCCAACGCUACGGCAGGAACGUCAACUUCACCCUGGACCAGCACACGCAGCGGUUCCGGACCAACGGGGAGUUCCAGCACCUGGACCUGGACAACGAGAUCAACUUCGGAGGAAUCCCCGUCUCCGCCAAGCUCAGCUCCGGCGCCGGCAGCAACUUCGUGGGCUGCAUGGAGAAAAUCUUCUACAACGGAGACAACAUCACCAGCCUGGUCCGCCGGAGGAAGGUGGACGUCUCCAGCUUCCGUAACCUGACCUUCUCCUGCUCCGAGUCCGACUCCUUCCCCGUCUUCUUCAACGCGUCGUCGUCGUUCCUGCGGCUGCCGGGCCAGAGCGGCGGCGACACGCUGUCGCUGAGCCUGAACUUCCGGACCUGGAACCCCAGCGGGCUGCUGGCCUUCACGGAGCUGAGCGACGGCUGGGUGGAGCUGGCGCUGCUGGAGGGCAAGGUGUCGGUCAGCAUGAACCUGACGCAGCAGAGGAGCCGCAUACACAUCUCCUCAGGUUCGGGUCUCAACGACGGCCAGUGGCACAGCGUCCACCUCAACGCCCUGGAGAACCACGCCAUGCUGACGGUGGACGGAGACGAGGCGUCCACGGUGCGGACGGCCAUCCCCACCCAGGUCCACACCGGGGGAACCUACUACUUCGGAGGCUACCUGCGCGGCGGCGGCGCUAGCCGGCCGCAGGUGCAGCAGGUGCAGCGCUCCUUCCAGGGCUGCAUGCAGAGGAUCCACAUCGACGACCACCUGGUGGACCUGCGGGCCGUGGAGCAAGGCAUCAUGGGAACCUUCCAGAACAUCAGUCUGGACAUGUGUGCCAUCGUGGACCGGUGUGUCCCUCCUCCCUGUGAACACGGCGGUCUCUGCUCUCAGACCUGGAACUCUUUCACCUGCAACUGCAGCGGGACGGGCUACACUGGAGCUACCUGCCACACCUCCCGGUACCAGCAGUCCUGCGAGGAGAUCCAGGACCAGGGAAAAACCUCCGGGACCUACUGGAUCGACCCGGAUGGCAGCGGCGCCAUCGCCCCCUUCAGGGUGCACUGUGACAUGACAGAGGAUGGAGUCUGGACCUCGCUGAGCAACAACCUUUCCCCCCAGACGUCGGUCUCCGCCGUGGCCGAGGGCGGGAAGGCCGUGAUGAGGAUCAGCUACAACGCCUCCGACGAGCAGCUGCUGUCCGUCACCAGCAGAGCCGAGAGCUGCCAGCAGUUCAUCGCCUACGCCUGCCGGAUGUCCCGGCUGCUCAACGGUCCAGACGGCGUCCCCUUCACCUGGUGGGUCGGCCGGAACCACGAGAGACACUGGUACUGGGGCGGGUCCGGACCCGGGAUCCAGAAAUGUUCCUGUGGGAUCCAGAACAACUGCAGCGACGCCCGGAGGCCGUGCAACUGUGACGCCGACCUGCGGUCCUGGAAGGAGGACGGGGGUCUGCUGGUCUACAGAGACCACCUCCCGGUCCACCAGGUGGUGGUGGGGGACACCAGCCGAUCCGGGUCGGAGGCCAAGCUGACGGUGGGACCUCUGCGUUGCCGUGGCGACCGAAGUUACUGGAACGCUGCCUCCUUCAGCAGCCCGGCCGCAUCGCUGCACUUCCUGUUCCAGCGGGGCGACACCGGAGACGACACCGGCACGGAUACCAGUACCAGUACCGGCACCGGUACCGGUACCAGCACCGGCACCGGUACCGGUACCAGUACCGGCACCGACACCACCACCGACAUCUCCUUCUACUUCAAAACCUCAUCCACCCACGGAGUUUUCCUGGAGAUCCUGGGAACGUCCAGCUUCCUGCUCAUCGAGCUGCGAGGAGGCUCGGCGGUCGUGUUGUCCUUCGACGUGGGCGGCGGCCGCGUCGAGCUAAUCGCCCGAUCGCCGCGGCCCCUGAACGACGACCAAUGGCAUCGCGUGGAGGUGGAGAGGAACGUGAAGGAGGCGGUGCUUCAGCUGGACGGCCAAUACCGGGACGCCAGGCCGGCGCCGCCGCAGGGACUCAAACCGGACGUCUACACCGACAUCUACGCCGGAGCGUCCGGCGGCCAGCGGGGUUUCCAGCGGGGUUUCCAGCGGGGUUUCCUGGGCUGCCUGCGGGCCCUGAGGGUCAACGGGGCCGUCCUGGACCUGGAGGGGAAGGCCGGGGAGACGAAGGCCGGCUCGAGUCCGGGCGUGAACCCGGGCUGCCGCGGCCACUGCUCCGGCUACGGGCGGCUCUGCAGGAACGGAGGGAAGUGCGUGGAGAAGUACGACGGAUUCUCCUGUGACUGCUCCGACACGGCGUACGACGGGCCCUCCUGCUCCGACGACGUCGGCGGCUACUUUGAGUCGGGAACGUUGGUGCGUUACGACUUCCUGCCGGAGGCGGGGCAAUCGUCGGGGGGCGGAGCCAACCUGACCCGGGAGGAGCUAGCGUUUAGCUUCAGCAGCUACGACGCCCCCAGCGUCCUGGUCUACGUCAGCUCCAGAACCCGGGACUACAUGGCCGUGGUGCUGCGACGCAACGGAACCCUCCAGAUCCGCUACAGUCUCGGCGGGCUACAGGAACCGUUCACCAUCGAUGUUUCUCACCGUAAUUUGGCCGACGGUCGUCCUCAUUCUGUCAACGUUACCAGAAACAAGAGGGAGAUCCGGCUGCAGAUGGACCACUACCCCGUGUACUUGUACUUCCUCCCCGAGGAAUCGGACGUCAACUUCAACCUGGUGAAGAGCCUCUUCCUGGGGAAGGUGUUCGAGACGGGUCAGAUGGACCCGGUUCUGAUCGACCGCUACAACUCCCCGGGCUUCGUGGGCUGCCUGUCCCGGGUCCAGUUCAACGGCGUGGCCCCCCUGAAGGCGGCGCUGCGCCCCGGCGGUGCCGGUGGCCCCGGUGGUACCGGUACCAGUGCUAGUACCGGUACCGGCCGGGCCACCACGCCCGUCAGCACCCACGGGAUCCUGGUGCCGUCCAACUGCGGCGCCGCGGCGCCCCUGACCCUCGCCCCCCCGGGGGCCCAGAACCAGAACUACCCGCCCGACCCCUGGAUCCUGGAGACCGCUGGAGCCGUUUUCCCCUUCAAAGAGGAAAAGAUCGGAGGAAACGGAGGAGACGGAAACUCUGCUGUUAUCGGAGGCGUGGUCUCCGUGGUGAUCUUGGGCGUGCUAGCCGUGCUACUGCUAGCGCUGCGUCACGUGUUCCGGCACCACGGCUCCUACCACACCAACGAGGCUAAGGGCGCCGCGGCGGCUAGCUGCGCCGACGCCGCCGUCAUCGUCAACGACCCCGCCUUCUCCGAGAGCAUCGACGAGAGCAGGAAGGAGUGGUUCAUCUGAGGCUCCGCCCCCUUCAUGAGGCUCCGCCCCCUCCCUGGGGCCACGCCCCCGUCCCGGGACCAGGGGGCGGGGCCUCAGCAACGACCCCGCCUUCUCCGAGAGUAUCGACGAGAGCAGGAAGGAGUGGUUCAUCUGAGGCCCCGCCUCCUACCGGAGGCCCCGCCCCCUUCCACAGGCCCCACCCCCUUACCAGGACCAGGGGGCGGGGCCUCAGCCUGGCCCCGCCCCAUCCCUCCUUCAGCGAGAGCAGGAAGGAAGUGUUUGAUGUAGACCAGGGAUCAGCAACACGCGGCUCUCUAGCGCCGCCCUAGUGGAUCCUGGAGCUUUUUCAAACAUGUUUGAAAAUGGAAAUAGAUGGGGAGGGAAAUAUAUGUUUUGUUUUAAUGUUGUUUCUGUAGGAAAACAAGACAUUCUGAAUGUUUUCCAAUGCUGUAAAAAUGUGUAGAAUAAAUAAAACAUUUCAACAUUUCUGUUAACGGAGAUUGGUACGGAAGAGAAUCAGGGCCACGCAGGAGAAAAAAUAUCUGAGAGGGGAAGAUUUUUAUUUUAUUAUUUCAUUGUGCACUUGGAAAAAAGUUGAAAUGUCGAGAUUAAUGUUGAAAUACAAUUUCAAGAAUAAAGUCGAAAAUUUGCCGUUUUUCUCAACAUUUCAACUUUUUCUCAACAUUUUUACUUUUUUCUUGACAUUUUUACCUUUUUCAUGAAAUGUUGACUUUUUUCUCGACUUUUCGACUUCUAGUGAAGUGCAUGAUGAAAAAAAUCUUCCUCUUCUAAAAUAUUUUUAUUUUUCUCCUGCCUGGCUCUAAUUCUCUCCCGUAGAUUCGCAGUUCCCAGUUCUAACUAAUAUAGAAACAUGCAGCAUGUGUUCCUUCAUUCUAAUCUGAUACAAGACUUUUCAUGUUUUGCGGCUCCAGACAUAUUAGUUUUUUGUGUUUUUGGUCCAAUGUGGAUCUAAAACAUUUUGGGUUGCCGAGCCCUGAGGCCCCGCCCCCAUCCUGGGACUUUACCAGGGGGCGUGGCCACCGCCUGGCCCCGCCCACCGUGUCUUCAUGUGGACAGACUGAAACUGACAGGACGCUAACGUCGCUAACGUGGCUAACGUCGGCUCACCGACACGAUCCUCAUCUACUCAUCUGCCAAAACUUUACUGAGAUGGUUUAUUUACUGAUUUAUGUAUUUAUUUAUGUAUAUAUUUAUCUAUUUAUUGAUUUAUUUGAUAAGCGAGCUUCUCCUGGCUCUGCGAUGCUUGUGUCUGUACUCGGCUUUGAUGAAACAACCGUUAGCCUCGUUUUAGUGUUUAGAUGGAAGCGAGUCCGGACCGUAGCCCCGCCCCUUCCACCCUAGCCCCGCCCCUACCGGCAUAGCCCCGCCCCCGCCAUAAUAGCCCCGCCCCCGCCGUCAUAGCCCCGCCCCCUCCACAUCUAGUUUAGGUAGUUUUGUUCGGGGUUUGCUAACCCGUCGCCCUCGUAGAAGUUCAGACGUAGGAAACUUUUCUGUUGUUUCAGACGCCAGGAAGGAAACCCUGGACGGGAAGGAAGUGGAGCUGUGAAUUCUGGGAAUUGUAGGAAGUUUACGAACAUGAAUGUUAGCUCAUAAACGCUAGUCUCUUCCUGCUUCGUCCGCUUCAUCUUUGAAUAGAAAAGCACAUGUUCCUUUGGCCCCUCCCCCUCCUGGAUGACUGAUGACACGGUGUUAGCCGCCAUAGCGUUAGCCACCGUAGCAUUAGCCGCCAUAGUGUUAGCCGCUGUAGCGUUAGCCGCCGUAGCGUUAGCCGCCGUAGCGUUAGUUAACCCCUGAAAAUGUCCCCUUAAGGCCUUGAAAUGUCCCCUAUAGACCAGGAAAUGACCCCUGAGGACCUGGAGAGUCCCACUAGCUAAGUUCCUGCUGCAGGCCAACCUGCCGCUCUAGAAAUGUCCAGUUAUUCCCGUCGGUUUCUGUCCUUGAAUAUCCCAGAAUGCUGCAGCUCUGAUCCCGACACGACGCCUAGAAGCUUCUGGAAGUUUCUCCUGGAAGUUUCUCCUGGAAGUUUCUCCAGGAAGUUUCUCCUGGAAGUUUCUCCAGGAACAUGCUGGAACCCCCACGUUUGUUGCCAAGUGUCUUUUAUUUGUCUGUAGUUUGUAAUGUUGUUACGGAGGCGUCCCCCCCACACUUCCUGUCCCGCCCCUCACUUCCUGUCCCGCCCCUCACUUCCUGUCCCGCCCCUCACUUCCUGUCCCUCCCCUCACUUCCUGUCCCGCCCCUCACUUCCUGUCCCGCCCCUCACUUCCUGUCCCGCACCGCGACCCCCCCCUCACUUCCUGUCCCGCACCGCGACCCCCGCUAACUCGCUAGCGUCCACAGAGCCGCUGUAACUCCCUGACCUGUGAUUGUACUGACGGUCCGAACGCACCGCUGUGCUUUAGCAGUUAGCCUUUAGCAUUAGCAUGCUGUCUGACGCUGAAUGACACAAACGUUUCUGUAGCAAAAUGUUGCUUUUUCU